AUGGCGACACGUAAUUUGACGCGUCAGUUCGUGCAGCUGCGUGCGCAGGAGAAGGCCAAAGUCUUGCGACGGAAGAACAUUGUGAGCUAUCGCCACCGAGAAGAGGAAAAAGCGCGCCACGAGAGCGUGGAGCAGGAGGUCACGAGUGUUGCUGUUGCUCCCGGAUGGGUUGACAUUGUGAAUGACACGAAUCGACACGUGGCUCGCAUCAAGGAGAUGAUGGCGAGAUUGAGUACACUGCACACGAGUCGCCUCAUGGUGCGCUUUGACGGUUCCGAGUCCAAGUACGAGCUGGAGAUUGACGACGUGACGCAGGAGAUUACGGACGAGUUUCGUUGUGCUGAAAAGGGGUUGCGGAAGAUGGCACAUGGCGACGAGAAUGUAGAGUUCUCGGCUGCUGAUGCCAAGACUCGACAGAAUGUCCAGAGAGCACUGGCAACGCAGUUGCAGACAUUGUCAAGCGACUUUCGAAAGUCGCAGAAGACGUACCUUGCGCGUGUGAAGCACCAGAAAGAGGGACCGGUCGAGUUUGACUUUCUCGCUGACAACAACGUUGCACAGAAACGACGUGGUGGGGCGGAGUCAGGAUUUACACAGACACAAGUCGCGGAGGUCGAGGUUGCCGAAGACGUGAUUGAUGAGCGUGACAAGGAGAUUCAACGUAUUGCCACGUCCAUCACGGAGCUGGCUACAAUAUUUAAGGAAUUGUCCGCGCUCGUGAUUGAUCAAGGCACGAUCUUGGACCGUAUCGAUUAUAACAUGGAGCAGGUAGUAGAGCGGACUGAGAAGGGCAUUGAAGAGCUCGAGAAGGCAGAGAAGACGCAGAAAAGUAGUCGACCGAUGAAAUGUAUCGGUUUGCUGCUUGUCCUGAUUUUCGCCAUGACCGUGCUGCUCGUGCUUAAACAUUCGUAG